AUGCAACCGACGAUCGUGACGAAAGAAAACGCGCGAAUCGCACGUGAAAAUAUAUUUUGUCGAUGGAACGUUAAAAAUCAGAGUCGUAAAGUUAAAUAUCGCGUUGGAGAAUUCGUUCGCGUCAGUAGAGCAAAAGCUACCUUCGAGAAAGGAUACGAGGCAGGUUGGAGCGAAGAGAUAUUUCGUAUUCACCGUGUUCUCGAGUGGCGAAAAUCUCGCGUAUACGAACUGAGCGAUUUAGUGGGUGAAGUCAUAGACGGUAUUUUUUAUGAACAGGAAUUAGCUCGAGUCGAGAAGAAUUUGCGGGAGGACGAGUUUAUCGUCGAUCGAGUAAUAAAAAGUAGAGGCUACGGGAAAAAUAAGCAGGUGCUGGUCCACUGGCGUGGUUAUCCCAGUAAGUUCGACAGUUGGAUACCCGCUUCGAAUUUAAUCACUCUUCAAGAUGCGGGAGGACCAAUUUUACAUCGUUCUUCCGAGCAAUAG